AUGACCACCGUUCCUAGCGACGUCUGGACGCCCUCCGUCCCCGUGAUUAUCGCAGCCCACCGCCUGCCCGUCCGUCUCUUCAAAUCCCGAGAACAAGACAGCGAGGACACGCUCUGGCAGGUCGAAUGGGCUGGCAAUCGCAUGAUCGAGUCGCUGAACACGCUCUCGUGUCACGAACUCCCUUCGGAGCGCGCCAGUAUCAAGUUUGUGGGACGAAUUCCAGACGUGGACGUUCCUCUGGAAGAGCGUCCGCAGGUGGAACGGCUCCUUCGAGAGCUGAACUGCUUCCCUGUCUAUUUGGACGCCCACGAGGCGAAACUGUACUAUGAAGACUACUGCAAACAGACACUAUGGCCAACGUUCCACAAUGUUGUGGAUGUCUACAGUCCUGUGGACGUCGUGCUGGAGGUAGACGCCCGGCAGCAGGGGACUCCUGCAACUCAAUCAUGGAAUCCUGGCUGGCAGAAAGUGGCGUGGCAAGCUUAUGCCAAUGUGAACCAGCAGUUUGCCCACAAAAUAUGUGAGCUCUAUGAACAGGGAGACAUUGUCUGGGUGCAGGACUACCACUUGUUGCUGACUCCAAGCUUCAUUGUGAGGAAAGUGAGAGCAGCCAAUGUCGGACUCUUUUUGCAUGUGCCAUUCCCGUCGUCGGAGGUGUUUCGUACCUUGUCGAUGAGGAGGGAGAUCUUGCGAGGUAUGCUGAAUGCAGAUCACAUCGGCUUCCACUUGUUUGAGUACGCGCGGCAUUUUAUGUCGGCGUGUCGACGGAUUUUGGGGCUGAGCUACAAACCGAUUCUACGGGGGCAGUUGGGGAUUGACUAUGGCGGUCGACGGGUCGCUGUGACGUGCAGUCAUAUGGCAAUUGAUGCACAGCGGAUUGAGAAGACUUUGGCGAGCAAAGACGUGCGUGACGCAGUAGUGGCGCUGCGUCAGAAGUACCGCGACAAGAAGGUUUUUGCAGGCUGUGACAAUGUCGAACGUCUCAAAGGUAUUCCGUCGAAGAUUUUGGCUUUUGAUGGAUUUCUGUCACGAUGUCCGGACUUUGUUGGAAAAGCGGUGCUAGUGCAAAAGGGAAUCCGUAGACGUGGGCGUGUGACGGAUUAUCGCCAGAGCAAAAAAGAGAUUGAGCUGGCUGUGCGGGCAAUUAACGCUAAGUAUUGCGACGCCGCUGGGGGUGACGUAGUGGAUUAUGAAGAAGUAGACGAAUUUUCUUGCAAGGACCGUGUAGCUCUAUGGCGCGUUGCUGAUGUACAAAUCACAACCGUGCUGCGGGAUGGGCUCAAUACGACUCCGUUCGAGUAUAUUGCCACGCACAAAAACUCGCCUGGUGUUGUGAUCACGAGUGAAUUUUCCGGUAGCAGUCGCCUCUUGAGCGGCGCACUGACUGUGAACCCAUGGGAAUUGGACCAGGUGAUCGACGCGCUCCGUGACGCCGUGUACAUGCCAGUGAACGAGCGUGAGCACCGACGCAAUUGUGACUUCCACUUUGUUUCAGCAAACCCUCCACGUCGCUGGGCCAGGUGCGUGCUCACAGAUAUCAUGAAUGCACGGAAGAAGGAAGAAUCAUUUGUUUAUAUGGGCACGGGCUUUGGUCUGGACUUCCGUUUGAUUGAAGUCAGCUCGCAGUUUCGGAAACUAACGGAUCAGGAAGUUGUACCGGGAUAUCGCGCAAGUAGAAAUCGCGCGGUUUUUUUGGACUAUUAUCGGACGUUAACUCCGGACGUAUCUAAGCUGAUAGGUGUGGGAUGGCCUGACGUCCCACUAAGCGCUUUGGCUACACUUGAGCAGUUGUGUAAAGAUCCUCGCAACACCGUCUUUAUCGUUAGUGGAUGCGAUUGCGAUCUCCUGACACAAAAAUUUGGUGGGGUACCAGGAUUGGGACUCGUUGCCGAGCACGGGUAUUUCAUCCGACCUGCCGUGCUAGGCAACAAUGCCCGUAUCGGUCGGCCAUGGGAUAGACAUGGCGACCUUUUGCAAGCGGAGGGAGGCCAGCAGCGGUGGCGCGCGAAGGCAGAAAAGAUUAUUCAGCUGUACGUUGAUCGUACGAACGGUUCUAAAUUGGAAAUGCGAAGAAGCGCCGUGCUGUUCCGGUACGGCAAGUCCGAUUUUGAUUUUGGCGUAUUGCAAGCAACAGAGCUGAAGGAACAUUUAGAGGGUGUUUUUGAGGGCUGGCCAUUGAAUGUCAUCCAAGGCAAAGAUUACAUCGAAGUGCGACCGAAGGGUCUUGGCAAAGGGGAAAUCGUCAAGCACUUGCUGAAAAAGAUGCGCGUGGACGGAAAUCCAGCCGACUUUGUUUUGUGCAUCGGCGAUGAUGUGGCGGACGAGCUUAUGUUCGAUGAGGUUGCGAAGAUGGUCAUACGUGAUGAGCUACCGAGAGACAAGGUGUUCACAUGCACGGUAGGACAGAAGCCCUCCAGAGCUGAAUUCUUUAUUGACGACUACACCGACGUUAUCGCGCUUCUGAAGUCACUACAAGUCGUUGCUACAAAGUCCAACCGUUACUACUCCUUAUCGGAUAUGCAAUCCUUUGUUCGGAAUCCACGUCCAUAUUUUCCGUCACCAUCGCACGGUGUUCCACCGAGUGCGACAGCAGAUUCAGUCUUGCGGAAAUCAUCAAGUCGCAUUGGGCUCCACAAUCAUCUGACGCCUGUUAUCGAAGACCAAGUUGUGUCCACCGACGUUAUUAGACAAAGCAAAGAUCGAGCAGACCCUUUGUUUCGCCGUCAGAAGUGGAACAACUGGCUGAAGCGUCUGCAACGACUUGGCGUGAUUGCCGUGAUUGUUGGCAUUCUUCGGUGGCGCAGCACAAUGAAAAACGUUCACGAAAAGAAGCUACUGACAUACUUCAUGGCUACACUUGGGAUUGCGUGGUCUAUCCAGCGAUUAAAACCACGCAAUUGA